AUGGCCGCCGCCGCUCUCCGCCGCCGCCUCAUCCUCCUCCUUCUCUUCAGCGCCGCCGCUGCCCCCCUCGGCGCUAAGGUAAGCGGCGGCGGCAAAGACAGUAGUGAGGCAGCAGAUGGAGCUGGCCCCUGGGAUGAAGAAGUCACCAAGUGGUGGGGAGAGUGGAGCUCCUGGUCCACCUGCUCCCGGUCCUGCGGGGGAGGUGUGAUGUCCCAGGAGAGGCACUGCUUGCGACAGAGGCUUCAGACACCCCAGGGAACAAACAGCACCAUGUGCGCUGGUCAAGCCAAGCAUUACCAGCUGUGCCAGCAGCAGCCCUGCCCUGCCAACACAGCAAGCUUCAAACAGCAGCAGUGUUCCAGUUUCAAUGCCAAAGCCUUUGGGAAGCACUACUACCAUUGGAUGCCCCUCUAUCCAGAUGAUUACACCAGUAUCUCCAACAAGCCAUGUGAUCUCCAGUGCACUACACGGAGUGGAGAGAGGCAGCUGAUGGCCCAAGCACAGGACGGUACUUCUUGCAAGGACAGGACCUAUCAAGGGGUCUGCAUCAAUGGCAAGUGUGAGCCAGUUGGGUGCGAUGGGAGCCUGUACUCGCCGCAGACGAUGGACAGAUGCAGGGUGUGUGGAGGGGACGGCAGCACUUGCCACCGUGUCUCGGGCAGCUUCCGAAAGGCAAUCUCACAGAUAGGUUAUGUGUUCAUCACUAACAUCCCUGCUGGUGCUACAGACAUCCUCAUCAUUGAACGCAGGAAAACAGAAAACAUCUUGGCACUUGCAGAUGAAUCUGGGCAUUUCUUCUUCAAUGGCAACUCUGCCAUUGACAACCCCCAGAACUUCAGGGUGGCUGGCACCGUCUUCAAGUACCGACGGCCCUCAAGCCUGAACUCAGAUGGGCUGGAGUACAUCAUAGCUCAUGGACCCACUAACCAGUCUCUGAAUGCCAUGUACUAUAACUUUAAUGGGAAGAUGCCACAUGUAACUUAUGACUACACUGUACCACGGACACCACCUCUCCGAACUGCAGCCCCUGCCGUAGACAGACCUCUCUAUCAUCACCUGCCAGAGACCAGCCAUGACCAUGGCAUUCCAGCCAACUCCAGAGCUGCCCAGGACUUCAAUGCCACAUGGCUCUCCCUGUCACCAGAUGAUACCAGUGAACAGCUUCCUCUAAGAGAAGGGCAUGAAGAUUUAGGCUUCAGCCACCCACACUUCUUCCAAACCAACUCCAGCAGUCAGACUCGAGACUGGGUUUGGGAACAAGGUGAAGAGAAGGAGAAAUAUGUCUUCCAGAUAAGACAAGUCUACCAUGCAAACACAGCAGGGGAGGAAGAAGAAGAAGAAGCAGCAGCAGCAGCAAUGGGUGGAGAAACAGAGUUGGCUCUCAGGUUCAAUCAGAUUUCCAUCAGCACAGCUGUACCCUACAACAUGAGGAGAUCUGAGCUCUCGGAGAACAGCCGCGCAGCACCCUUGGGGCUUCGUCUCUUCAGGAGACUGUGCCACCGAGACCCUCACAACACUGCCUUCUGUAGGGACCUGCAGCACCUGGCAGUCAGGCUGGCCCUGAAGAACUCCACAGCAGGGCUGUGGACCAAGACAGCUGCCCAGUGGCCACAGGGCCUCCACAAAGCACCGGCCCGUAAGAACUCACUGGAGGACUUGAAGGUGGAGGCAUUUGCUGGGAGUCAGGGGGAAGCAACCAACCACAGCAUGAUGGCAUCUGUGGAGAGCCUUCUGCUAGGUGCCAGCCCAACCAUGGACAUCAGCCAGCCAGAGCCUCUGCAAGCCCCUGGCACUGAAAGCAAUGAGUUUGAUGUGAGCCCCGUGGGCCAUGAUGACAUCAGCUUGGCUGACAUGUAUCGGUGGAAAGUCUCAGCUUAUGCCCCCUGCAGCUCCACGUGCACUUCAGGUAUCAGCACCUCCUAUGCGAUGUGUGUGCGGUACGAUGGAGUGGAAGUGGAUGAAACAUAUUGUGAUGCCCUAACCCGACCAGAACCCACUCACGAGUUUUGCACAGGGAGAGACUGCCAGCCUAGAUGGGAGACCAGCCGGUGGAGUGAAUGCUCCAGGACCUGUGGUGAGGGCUAUCAGUACCGCACUGUGCGCUGCUGGAAGAUGCUGGCCCCAGGCUUUGACAGCUCGGUUUAUGAUGACCUGUGUGAGUCAGCUGGGCUGACCAGGCCCGUGGAGAGAAAAGCCUGCAAGAAUAAGGCCUGUGGGCCCCAGUGGGAGCUGUCCGAGUGGUCCGAGUGUUCGGCCCGCUGUGGCACGCAGGGGACGAUGAAGCGGGAGGUGCGCUGCUCGGUGGAAGCGUCCCUCUGUGACGAGUCCCAGAAGCCCAGCAGUGAGAAGGCCUGCACAGGGCCACCCUGUGACCGCCGCUGGACCGCUUCUGACUGGGGCCCGUGCUCAGGUUCGUGUGGUGAGGGUCGCAUGAGCCGUUCCAUCGCGUGUCGCAACCUGGAGGGCAAGGUGAUCUCCAACUCGCAGUGUGACCCAGCCACCAAGCCCUUGGCUGUCCAUCCAUGUGGAGACAAGAACUGCCCUGCGCACUGGGUGGAGCAGGAGUGGGACCAGUGCGAUGCCAGCUGUGGGCGCGGGAUGAAGACCCGGCUUGUCUUGUGUGCAGGCCUGGAGAAUGGUGUGUACAGGGAGUACCCUGAGAAGCGCUGUGAGGCCUCUCAGAAACCUGAGGAACAAGCUGCCUGUUUCAGAAGGCCAUGUUCAACGUGGUUCACCACUUCCUGGUCUCAGUGCAGCAAGACGUGUGGUGCUGGAGUGCGACUGCGUGAGGUGAAGUGCUACCAGGGGGAAGUGCUGGCGCAGGGCUGCGACCCCACUUCCAAACCAGAAGCCAGGCAGACAUGCCAGAUCCAGCCCUGCCCCACAGAGGCACCAGAAGAAGACUGUGAAGACAAAGCAACAGCCAACUGUGUGCUGGUGCUGAAGGUGAAGCUGUGCUCUCACUGGUACUACAGGAAGGCUUGCUGCUGGUCAUGUCGGCUCAAAUCACCCUGA